GGAAAAAGUGAAGGCGGAGUGGAGGAUGCCCCCCGGCUUCGGGUACUCCAGACUUGAUUCGCCAACAUGGGGUUGUUUUUCCUUCCUACCACACGGGAGUAGUGCGGUCUGAGACUCUCGGAUCGUAGCCUGGAAGAGAAAGGCCGGUAGCGCGGAGCGAGGUUAUUUCAUUUUUGUGAGAUUAUAAAUGUACCUUGGACAUUAACAAAACUAAGUUAAGAAGAAUGGAAGAAGGCCAACUGGGAGCCUCAAGUCUUCCUCUAAAAACUCGAUAUUCUGAGGUGACUGUGUCAGUGACAGGCGAACCACCUAGUGUUGUAGAAGAGGAAGAAACAGCCAAAGAAGCAGACAUAGAUACCAUCCCAGAAGUCAUAGAGCCACUGUCCAUUCUAGAUAUGCUGAGGAUCUCUGCAGUUCUGGAGGAUACCACAGACCAGCUCUCUAUUCUAAACUAUAUUAUGCCAGUUCAGUAUGAAAGAAGACAAAGUACCCUCAUGCUGGAGAUUGUUGGAGAAAGCGGCAGCUGCCCCAGCAGAGGUGACCACAACGAUGGAGCUGUCUCACGGAGCCAGGACCAGCGGGAGCGCAUUACCCACUGGCGCUGCGGUGACCACUCACGUUCCGCCAGCUCGUUGCCUGUUUCCCUGCACUGCUGUGGCCUGCGCGGAACCAUGGCUCUGCUCCUAGUGCUUCUGUCCUUGGUGGCCGGUGUGUUGGGGAAUGAGUUUAGUAUACUAAGAUCACCAGAGUAUGUUGUUUUCCGCAACGGAAAUUGGCCUAUACCAGGAGAGCGAAUCCCAGAUGUCACUGCAUUAGCCAUGGGCUUCUCUGUGAAAGAAGACCUUUCUUGGCCUGGACUUGCGGUUGGUAACCUAUUCCGUCGUCCUCAAGCUACCAUUCUGGUGACAGUGAAGGGAAUGGCCAAACUCACUCUACCUCCAAGCAGUGCCAUUUCGUAUCCUUUGGAGGAUGAAGUUCCUUUUAGUCUGGACAGUGUUGCAGAUUCCAUUCACUCCUUAUUUUCUGAAGAAACACCUAUAGUUUUGCAGUUGGCUCCCAGUGAGGAAAGAGUAUAUAUGACGGGGAAGGCAAAUUCCGUUUUUGAAGAUCUUUCAGUCACAUUAGCACAGCUCCACAAUCGCCUGUUUCAAGAAAACUCUGUUCUUAAUUCACUUCCCCUCAGUUCCCUAAGUGGGAACAAUGAGGUUGAUCUGCUCUUUUUUUCUGAACUGCAAGUUCUAUGUGAUAUUUCAGGUUUGUUGUCUCAACAUAAGCAUCUAGCCAAGGAUCAUUCUCCUGAUUUAUAUACACUGGAACUGGCAGGUUUGGAUGAAAUUGGGAAACAUUAUGGAGAAGGUUCUGAACAAUUCAGAGAUGCUUCUAAGGUCCUUCUUGAUAUUCUGCAAAAGUUUGCAGAUGACAUGUAUAAUCUUUAUGAUGGGAAUGCAUUGGUAGAGCUAGUGACUGUCAGAUCAUUUGACACAUCCUUUGUGAGGAAGACAAGGACUAUCCUUGAGGCAAAACAAGAAGAGAGCUCACCAAGUCCUUAUAAACUUGCAUAUAAGUAUAAUUUUGAGUAUCCAGUGAUUUUCAACAUGAUACUUUGGAUCAUGAUCACCUUGGCUUUGGCUGUGAUUAUCGUCUCUUACAAUAUUUGGAACAUGGAUCCUGGAUAUGAUAGCAUCAUUUAUAGGAUGACAAAACAGAAGAUGCAAAUAGAUUGAACUUUCCUAAUGCCAAAAUUAGUAAAGGGUUUUGAAAAUUAGUUGUUUUGUGAAAAUAAAUUGUUUAAGUGUAAUUUCAAGUAGAUAGUAUACUUUAAAUUUUUUAAAAAACAAAUUUUGUUUUCUAUUUUGUAUGUGCCUGUGGAGUUGUUUUUGAGUAAAGUAUGGUAUUGACAUGAAUUGAUUUAUGUGAUAGAUUCCAUAAUCUGCUAAAUAUAAUAUAACCAUUAAUUACAAUUUCAUUCCAUUUAGUAUUUGAAAAUAAUGCACUGAUAUAAAUGUAAAACACUUAGAAUACCUUGUGUUACUUAUGUUGAGAAAAUGCACUUAAUUUAUUAGAGAAACUUAUGAAUGCUUAACUCCCUUACACAGGAUAGGUGAAAAUGAUAUUUGGGUUGUCAUAUCUAUGAACCAUUGUAAUUGUCUUAAUUUGAUGUAAAUAUCUCUGAAACAAGAGAAAAGGUUUUUGACUUUAGAGCAGCCCUAAACUAUGAAAGUGCAUAUACAGUCGCUUUGGUUUCGAAUUACAUCUAAUUAACAGAGGACAGCUGUUUUUUAACCUCUUCUGAAAGUUUAGUAAUCUGAAUGAUCUAGUAUGGAUAUUAAAAGUACUACAUGGAUCUAAGAAGAAAGUAGCUUUGUGGAGUUAUAAAUUCUCAUACACACAAAAACAAAUAUUUGGGGGAACAUCUUAGAGCAUGAAUAUAAAAAUCUUUUUAUUUCAGUAACUUUUUCCUCUGUGUAAGUUACUGUGGUUUGUGUCAUUGUAGACUAUGGACAGCGUCAUUGUAGAAUAUUAAGUGUAAGUAGAUGCUCCCUACUUUUCAUGUGGAAGUGCACCAAUGUCUAUAAAGAGUGACAAAGUUAAUGAUUUCCCCAAAGCCCCCAAAUACAUAUUUAUUAAGUUUAGCAAAUUACCUUAUGUAAUUUGUACAGAGAGUAUUCUUAUUUCUGAUUCUAUGACGUGUGAAAAUUGCUACAUUAAUGAGGGUAAAUUGCUUUCUAUGUCUAACAGAAAAGAAGUAUAUAUUUGUUGUGACUAGAUAAUUAAAUUUCCCUUUAAUUGCUCCUGAGGAUUUAAAAAUGAUUGUUGUUAUUUGUAUAAUCUGGGUUUACAAAGUUUUAAAAAAAUUUUCCAAGUUCAUACAAGAUUUUAAUAGAACACUGGAUUUGGAGUCAGGAGGCCUUUGCAGUUUAGUUGUGUGCUAUGAGUGAUUCAUUUUAGUGUCUUGGUCUUAGUUUUCUCACUUGUAAAAUAUGAUGAAAUUUCAACUAAAUGAUCUAUAUGAUCACUUCCAAUGCUAACAUUCUGAGUUUUGGAGUAAUUUUAAAAUGACCUUAAUGGAUAUUGUAGGAACUUCACAGCAAAUUAAUUUCCUUAUCAAUUUAUGAAUGGUAAAGAGAUUGGAGGCCCAAGAACUCAGCCUUUCAAUGCAUUUAAAAUAAUACUCUAAUUAAUAAAUUAAGAUAAUUAACAUAUAGUACAUAAGAAACUAGUGUUUCCUUCUUAUUUAUUGUCUCCUUCAGUAAGGAUCCAAAAUAAAAAGAGAAGAUACUCAGUUAACAAGAUGAAGUCUUAUAAUACUUAUCAAUGUUAAUUUCAGUCAUAAAAAAUGGUAAUUUGCCACUAUAGAAAUUUAAGAAAGAAUGAAAAACAUAAAUUUAUAAACAGUGCUUGGCUGCGCUCACCACUCCAAUAAGUAAAAGAACAAAACUUUUGUACUGUUUUAUUCUUUUUAAUGAUGGUAUUUAGUCACAAAAUUUUCUCACUUAAGUAGAGGUUCUGCUUAUGAUUUUAUAGAAGUAUAAAUAAUAAAGACUUGCUCUCUUACCUUGAUUAACAGCAUCCUAAAACCUCUUUCUCAGUGCAAGUUAGUUCCAUAAUUUAACAAAAUUGUGGAUCUCUUAAGAUGACUUUUUUGUUUUUACUUCAUAGUACUAUAGUUCUAAUGCAUUAAUUUUACUGUGCCAUUAAACUGUAUGGCAUAGGAUAUA